AUGGAGGUGCGAGUAGUGCAGUCAGCAGCCACCACCGCCAAGCCCGCGGAACCUGUCGCCACCGCCUCGACCGAUGCGCGAUCGGCAGAAUCGCAGCUCGCGGCGAUCACGCCGCCUGAAGCGGCGGCUCUCGUGCCGGAGGAGGACUUUUCGGACAUCGAAGAGACGCGCUUCUGGGAGGACGAGGGCGAGGACGUGGAGGGGCGCAUCGUCGUGCGAGUCGUCGGCAAGUAUCUCCCAGCGCAUGUCUUCCCCACAGACCAUGUAGAGCGCUACAUCCACCACAAGUUACACGAGCUCUUCUCAUUGGCUGGCCCCGACCGCCACGUCAGCAUCCUGUACAUCCACACGGAGUGCGAAUCCCUCAACGCCAACCCGCUCGCGCUCCUCACUUUCCGAGACAUCUUUCAAGGCCUCCCCCCGAACCUGCGGCAGAGGGUCGGCGCGGUGUACAUCCUCCACCCGAGCCUGACUCUCAGGGUCGGGCUCUGGUUGAUGUCCCCAUGGCUGAGCGACAGCCUGUAUUCGCGUGUGGUGUUCGUGAGCCGGGUGGAGUUCCUGUGGGAGCACAUACAGGAGGACCAGGUGGACCUACCCCAGUUCUGUCUGGAUCACGACAGCAAGCUGGAGGCGCACCCGCUGCUGGACUAUGGCGUCCAGCUCGAUAGAGUGGCAGCCGGCCAGCACUUGCCCAUGGGGCUGUAG